AUGGCUUUUCUAUUCGGAAAGAAAAAGGGUGCACACGGUCAUCGAGAAGGAACCCCUAACGGUCCGAUACCUCCUGCUGCGGCCGGUGUCCCCGGCGGCGGCGCCCCAGGUGGUCCUGGUGGUCCAACGCCCUCCAGCUCUGUCAAUAACUCUCUCAAUAGUCUUGCCGGGGGUAUCGGCGCGACAUCGAGUCCGGAUCAACGUCCAAUCGGAGCACCGACUGGUCCUCCAAGGCCUCAGCAACAACAACAAGGUCCUUCAGGAAAGCAGGCGCCGGGCCCUCAGCAGAAUAUCCAGUCGUCUCAAGCACGGGUAAUCCCCCCCCCCAACACCCUCCGCAACAUCCCAAAGAUUGUAUGUGAACUGAUUAUUGGGAAUAACAGCAAUCGCCUUCGGGAGUAAACCCUGCAAACGUCGCUCUAUAUCCAUGGUCGCAACAGCGAUUAACACUCUCAUCAUCGCAUCCCUCACCGUUUCCGCGCUACGGUCAUGCAGCAAAUGGUGUUGCCGGGAAGGAUGGUGAUAUCUAUAUUAUGGGAGGUCUGAUUCGCUCGCAGACUGUGCGUGGGGAUUUAUGGAUGGUCGAAGGGGGUGGAACCCAGCUAUCUGCGUACCCCGUAAUGACCACAAGCGAAGGCCCAGGGCCCCGUGUCGGUCACGCUAGUUUGUUGGUAGGAAAUGCGUUUAUCGGUUCGUUCUCUUUUGAUCAUGGCGUUAGCCGUGGAAUCGCAUAAAUUGCACUCGCUGACUAGUAUUGGGCCAUCUUAGUAUUUGGGGGCGACACAAAGUUAGAUCAGCAAGAUGUUCUUGAUGAGACUCUCUAUCUAUUAAAUACCAGUAUGCGAUUACCCUAAUUCUUACUACCUGCGUCCGUCGGCUGAUUAAGUCGUAGCAACUCGCCAAUGGUCUCGUGCGAACCCUAAUGGUCCAAGGCCCGCAGGAAGAUAUGGUCAUACCUUAAAUAUACUGGGUUCAAAGUUGUACAUCUUUGGGGGUCAAGUUGACGGACGCUUCUUCAACGACCUGGUCGCCUUCGAUUUGAACACAUUGCAGAGCGCCGGAUCGGGAUGGGAAGUUCUAGUACCAGCGAAGGAAGCGGGAGCUGAUAUGCCGGCAAGCCGAACGAACCACACGAUAGUCACCUGGGCGGAUAAACUCUACUUGUAUGCGUCUGCCUUUCGUCCGCGUCUGGUUCAAGCUGACCAUGAACUAGGUUUGGAGGAACAAAUGGUGUCACAUGGUUUAAUGAUGUUUGGUCCUACGAUCCCCGAUCCAAGGUAUGGAGUCAGCUCGACUGUAUUGGCUACAUUCCUUCACCCCGAGAAGGACAUGCAGCAGCGCUUGUGGGAGACGUCAUGUAUAUUUUUGGCGGCCGGACAUCAGAGGGGGAGGACCUAGGCGAUUUGGCAGCAUUUAGGAUUUCUUCGCGGAGAUGGUACACCUUCCAGAACAUGGGGCCAUCACCAUCGCGGCGCUCAGGACAUUCCAUGACAACUUGUGGACAAAGGAUUAUUGUGCUUGGUGGAGAGCCUAGUAUGCCUUCAAGGAACCAGGAAGAGCUUCAGUACAUUUAUGUUCUCGAUACGGCGAAAAUCAGAUAUCCUACCGACCACCAACAUGGCAGCCCUACGGAUAGGAAUCAUGCACCCACUGAUAAGAGGAUUCAGGGGCUAAGGAGUGGAUCAGUAGAUGGACCAGGACCCGGCCCGGGCGACCCGAGGAGUCGGGGUGCGAAACAAGUCCCAAGGGAGGGAGUAACGGCUUCUGGAUCGCCGGGCUCAACCGGAUCAACGCCACUUGCUAGUAAUAAUACUUCUGGCAGCAGCGUAAACUCUCGGUUACCACGGGCGUCUAUGUCGCAAGCCCCUGCAGGACCCCCACCGACCCAACAAGCUCCACCACCAAAGGCCGGCGGCGUCCCUCCGGGCCCACGAAGUAGGACCCCUACUGGAUCGCCGGGUGUACCUGUGAACAACAAUAACACCAGGCUCAAGGACAAUGUUUCCCCCAUUCAGCCUCAGCCACGCGAUGGCCCAGCUGGCACGGCGAGUGGAAGGAGAACUCCUACGGCGCAGCAACGGAUGGGAUCUACUGAUGUUGUUUCAGGUCCUGCGCCAGCUCCGCAAGAGAGGUCAAGAUCUCGGCAGCAGGGACCGACGGGGCAGCAGCAACAGAGCGCCGACAAUGACCGCUCCCCAUCAACAGUCCCCAAUCAAUCUCCGAGCUCUCAACAGGACAAUCUUGCCGACGGUAGCUCAACGGUUGCGAGCCCUCGUAGCCCAUCCGGCACAGCAUCAGCCCCCAGAGGUUUAUCCCUGGCAGCGGAGGGCGGUGACCCGCCUGCGGGGGUCCCAGAGAAGAACUCUACCCCAAGCCAAGAAAUGGAACGACUCAAGCACCAGAAUGACUGGUAUUCCUCAGAGCUUGCACUCGCUAGAAGAGCGGGAUACACACCUCAGACCAACGGAAAUGCUAUCCUAGAUGAACGAGCGAACGAAUCGUUAGCAGAAGACGAUAGGCCUUUCAUUGAAGCUAUGCUAAUGCUUAAAGGUGAACUUUCCAGAGUCCAGGGUUCGGUGGAUACCCAAGCCGCUUUGGCUGCCAAACGUAUCCAGAACAUAGAACGCCAGAGGGAUGUCGCUAUUCAGGAGGCAGUUUAUGCGAAAGCAAAGUUGGCAGCCUUAGGUGGCAACAGCGCUGCGCCCACCGGCGACAAAUCCGCGGUAGACAUUGCCAACAUGGAUGCUGAGAAGAUGGCUGAUAUGAGCCGGAAACUCGCAUCCUCACUAGCAGCUCAGGCGGAACUGAGUGCCAGGGUCGAAGUUUUAACUGCCGAGAUAACUGCGGAGAGGAAGGCUCGCCAUCUCGCCGAUGAGACUGCAGCUGUUGCGCAAAGCCGUGUCACCGAAUUGGAUGAUUUCAGGAACCGCGCGGCAUCGGAGAUGGAGAGCCUUCGGGCAGAGCUACUUGAUGCUGAACGAGCGUUUCGGGACGAAGCUGCCGCACGCACUGAGGCCACUGCCGAGGCUAAACUUUUAAGAAUUGACCAGGACGAACUUUCGAUGAAGCUCAAAGAAGCUUUAGAAGACAACAGCAGCUACCAAGGUUUAAUGGGUGAAUUGAGGAAAGCCAUGGAGUCGAGCAGUGAGAGGAGCACUACCCUAGCAAGGCAACUUGAGGAGGAGCGAAUGGUCAAGGAAGGUUUGGAGAGAAAGCUGGCUCAGGUCAGGAGCGAGUAUGAGGAAAAGGUUGCGGAUCUCACAAGUGCCAACACACGACUAAGGGACGCGGAGGAACUUAUGGAGAAGUGUGCCGAAGAGGCUAGGGCUGCGCGCGCGGCGAUGGCUGCGGGGCUUCAGAAGGUAUCCGAGAGGGAAAUUAUGAGCGAUACUGGUGCGGCCGAUGAGCGUGUCAGAGUUCUCCAGGAUCAAGUGGCCUCUGCCAAUAGUCUACUUGCGAGGAGCAAAGCUCAAGCCGAUGAAACUGGCGAGAAACUUGCACAGGCUAUGCAGAGAGUUGCCGGUUUGGAGUUCCAACAGGGCCAGGCCAGCAAGGAUGCAAUAGCUCUUCGCAGACGGAUGGCGGAAGCUCUCGACGAAGUGCGACGACUAAAACAGGAGAAUGCAGAGAACAACGCUCGUCUUCUUGACCGUCAACUAGAAGUUGACUCCAUUACGACCAAACACAACGCUCUCAAGGAAAUUCUCGCCGAGCGCUCGAGUAUGGCCGGCUAUGAUAAGCGCCGUUCCCACAACCUUCAAAGCCCUAGUCCCUCCGGAACCGCGACCCCCGAGCAGAUCAAUCGCCUUCGUGAGCUCGAGACUCGUCUGGAGGAGAGUCUCCGUGCCCACCGUGAGACCAAGUCGACCGCGGAAAUGCAGGCACAAGAGGUAGAGAAGCACUUCCGUGAGAAGCUUGAACAACUCGAGAAUGAUUACCAGUCUGCUGUACACUACGUUAAAGGCACCGAGAAACUCCUGAAGCGUAUGAAGGAUGAGCUUGCAAAGAACAAGGCUCAGAACGCCAGACUCCACCUUGAACUCGAGGAGGCACAGAGAAAGAACAGCGAACGCUCAAGACAGGGAUCUGUUUCCGAGAUCGGGGCCGAGAGCUGGGAGAGCGAGCGAGCUUCACUCAAAAGGGAGAUCGACGACCUCCGAACAAAGGUCCGAGAAUCCGCCACUGCCCUCGACAAGCAGAUCCGUGAAUCCAAGGAAACCCUGGACUCCCUCCGAGAAGAGCGCGAUCAGUUCAAGAUUGGCCACAACCAGCUCCAGCUCCAGAUCAUGGACGUCUCUCAGCAACUCAGCGAAACGAGGCAGAUGGUUGAGAGGCUCGAGAUGGAAAACAAUCAGCUAGAGCGACGAGCCCAGGACGCGGAGGAGAGAGUCUCUUUCCUGCUUGAUCGUGUGGAGGAUUCAGUGGACGCCUAUCGGCGUAGCACCCGCUUGGAAGGCGCUAGUGGAUCCAUUGAAACGGGAUCCGCGCGGAGUAGCUUUUACGGAGCCGGGCCCGACGCAAGAAACAGCGUCGCCUUAGAUUCACUCGCCACGGAAUUGGAUGCUCUCCGCACCCAUUGGGAGAACACUAACAAAAACUACCGACUCAGCAGCACCUUUGACUUCGAGAAGACACCAACUUCCACCGAAGGUGGGGAGCUUUCGAGCAGUCUUGCUAUGUGGCGACAAAAGUUGCAGCAAGAGGAAAGUGAUGCGGCAAGGAGGAGCGAUAGCAGAGGGGAUGAGGCGAGAAGUCCUGUCUCAAGGUCUCAGCAGCAGCAGAACCACCUACAAGCUCAGCAGGAACCCGUAAUAGCGGGUGGUGUGAUAUGA